CAUUGUUAGAUACAAACGCGACAGUAACAUACAUACAUUGUACGUAUUUAAAGUUUUUUUUAAUUCGACCGUUUGUUUCGUUUAUAAUUUCGAAAAAUGUCAGGUCGAAAAAAGAAUAAAAAUAAAAUGACAGGGAAAAGAUAUCGUCAUGUAUUAAGAAAGGAAGAAAGGUAUCGUCAAGAGAGAGAUAUAUCUGACAAGGAACAAUCAGAAUCUGAUGAAGAAUGCCCAAUACCUUUUCCCGUUGCCAUGUGGGAUUUAGAACAAUGUGAUCCCAAGAAAUGUACAGGUAGAAAAUUAUCUAGGCAUGGGUUAAUAAAAACAUUGAGGUUAAGUACCCGUUUUCCUGGAUUAGUACUUUCUCCCUCAGGUAAAAGUUGUGUCAAUCCGAUGGAUCGUAAUAUUAUACAAGAUUUUGGUUGUGCCGUUGUGGAUUGUAGUUGGGCUCGAAUUGAUAGCACACCAAUUGGACAAAUAAAGACACCUAAUCCACGUUUGUUACCAUUCCUCGUUGCAGCAAAUCCAAUAAAUUAUGGAAAGCCUUGUAAAUUAAGCUGUGUAGAAGCAAUAGCUGCAACAUUGAUUAUAACAGGAUUUCCAGAUGAAGCUAAUUUUUAUUUAGGAAAGUUUUCAUGGGGACAUUCUUUUCUCGAAUUGAACAAAGAAUUAUUAGGAAGAUAUGCUACUUGUACAAAUGCAGAAGAAAUUAUAACUGUCCAGGAAGAUUAUCUUAAAAAUGCAAUACAAGAAAAAUUAGAUAGACAAGCACUGCCUGAUUUUCCACCUAGUGAUAUAGAAUCAGAAGAGGAAGAGAAGGAACAAGAAAUCGAUGAUAGCUAGGCUCGAUUUCAUAGGUUGAAUUCUUAUAUUAAAAUAAUAAUAAGAUUACAAUGUUACCAAAAUGAACAGAAAACUAGAAAAUAUUGAGACGUGAAUACAAUUUAAGUAUCGACAUUUUUAUUUAGAACAAAAUAGACACGAUUGAUGUAGUUUAUGAUAAUUAGCUAACACUAUUUUAAAUAUUUCUAAAGAAUUAUUUUAAUUUCGUUACAUAUGCAAUUUCUUAUAAAGUUUUUAAUUUUUUAAACCAGCUCAUGUUUAACCAACAUUACUCGUAAAUUUUUCUAGCGUAUAAAUUGGUGAUUUGUAAAAUUUGGAGAUUUUUAAUAAAUUUUUCAAUUUUUGGAAA